AAGUUUCCUGAACGAACGAAGCAGUUUCCUGAAAGAAGCGCAGCGUGGUUUUAGGAGAGGUAGUACGACAUUAGGUCCAAGACGUAUUUAGUUCAUCAGUCUUUAUUUAAACAUGACAGAAGGCACAUCUUCAGGGAAGCCGGCGAAAAACCUGCUGGCUCUGAAUCCAAAGGAAGACGCAGAGUUUCAGAAGAAGGUCCAGCAAGUGAAGAAACGUCCUCAAACGGGUCAGUCACUUUCUCCAGGAGUACUGUACGUUGCUCAUCUUCCUCGUGGAUUGUGUGAGCCUCAGUUGAAAUCUUACUUUGAGCAGUUUGGGAAAGUCUCACGAUUAAGACUUUCCAGGAGUAAAAAGACCGGAGGGGUCAAAGGCUAUGGAUUUGUGGAGUUUGAGUGUGACGAGGUGGCUAAGAUUGUUGCCGAGACCAUGAACAACUACCUUAUGGGAGAACGGCUCAUAAAGUGUCUUGUGAUACCACCCGAGAAGGUCCAUGAAAAGCUCUUUGUUGGCUGCAGUACUGUCUUCAAGAAGCCAAAGAAGCCUGCAGUUACCCGGUAUAACAAAAAACAUGAGGAAGGUGAUCUGAAGAAACUUGGGACAAAGCUUGUAAGCAAAGAGUCUAAGCUACGCAAAAGACUGGCAGCAAAAGGCAUUGACUAUGAUUUCCCAGGAUUUGCAUCUCAGAUUCCUGUAAAGAAGGCUCAAUCAGAAGCAGAUGUUUCGGUAUGCAGUGAGGAUGUUACUCCAGUGUGCACCCCAUCAGUUCUGGAGAGGAGGAAGUCGAUCAGAGUUGAGGAGGAUGAUGAUGACGAAAUAGUCAUCAAAGCCAAAACAGUCCCAGAAGACAGUGAAGAUGUGGAUCAUAGCGAGGAAGAGUCUGAUGAAGAGGAUGAAUGUGAGGAGGAGCAAACAGCUUAAUAAAAAAAUCAAUCCCUGUUUUUAGACAGGACACUGGACUCAAUUUCAGAGACGUUUGUAUGUAAUAAGUUCUCAGUCCUCCCCUAUGGUUGGAGAAGAGGACCAAAACACAUUAUCCUCAUUAUCAUCAAUCUGUUGAUUUGAGGUGUUUUAUGCAAUGUUGUACCUGUGACCUUUUAUGGGUACAAUGUUGUCUCCCAGAAGUUUCUAAAAUACUUACUAUUUUAUAUUUACUGUGCAGUACACAUAAGAUGUGUAGUGUUACUUGGAAAAUUAAAUGGCAGGAUGGAUAUCAUUGUAUUUCUGACACAUUUUGGCAUGAUGUAUUCUGUCCAGUACUAUCUUCAGUCAUGUAGCUUUGCAACAUUAAAAUAUGCUUAAACCAUUAAAGGUGGAUCAAAAAAAAAAAAAAAAAA